GUGGGGAGAAACUAGACAUCCUCUCUGAAAGUCGUGAGAAUAUCCCUCUUUUCCAACUUUUCUACACGAGAAUUAUCCAUGUGGCCCUCGUAUAGUACUCCAAUGCUAUACGUGGGAAAUAGCACGACAGGAUACGAACUAUGUCGGCAUUGUACGAUCUGGUCGGUUUGGCCGAGAAUCUCCAUGAACCGGAGCCCCCCCUAAACCAUAGGCCUGUUGCAUUCGGCCUGAUCAUUUCGUUGAUGGUCGUUUCUGUCUUAUGUGCUUGUGCGAGGUUAUACGUUCGGUUCAAGAUCACAAGGUGUCCGGGUUGGGAUGAUGUGUUUGUCAUCUUGUCUGUGAUCACAGGGACGAGCUUGGCCAUCUCCGUGCUGGUCGGCUUCGAUUAUCACAUGGGAGAACACUUGGUUAGCUUCCUAACCCCAGAUCCCACGUCAAUCGAGGACUUUAUCAAGACCAUCUACGUCUCGAGCGCCCUCUACACCACCUCUACAACCCUCAUCAAGAUCGCCAUCCUUCUACAGUACCUGCGGGUCUUCGCCGAGAAGUCCAGAUAUCGCAUGGCUGCCAAGAUCCUGCUGAUAAUCGUUGCGCUGUGGGGAUCAGCCUUCUCCUUCGUCUCGUGGUUUCCUGCUUUCCCCAUCUCGGCCAUAUGGGACUUCGCCAAUACGUCGGCAAUCAGAUUUGGAUUUUCCAGCCUGAAUCCCAACGAGACCCUCGGCGCAUACCUCGCUCUCAGUGCGACGAAUAUGUUGCUUGAUCUUGCGAUGCUGGCCAUUAUCUUGCCAUACCUCGUGACAGGAGUUGUGGCUUCCAACUCUAGGCUGUAUAUGACGUGCCUGGUUCUUGUUGGGGUUAUUAUCAAUUUGGUCUCGCUCAUCCGUCUCGUCCAGAUCAUCCAGUCGAGGGGUGGCACCUACCCGAACCUCGACCCGACCUGGUAUCUCUGUAGCCCCAUCGUCCUGUCCUCCCUCGAGGUCAGCCUCGCCAUUGUCGCCGCCUCGCUGCCCGUGUUCUGGCCCGUCCUAAAGCACAACUGCGGUCACAUUUUCGUGACGACCGAGAUCACGGUCACGCAGGAGGAUAGCCAGGCCAGGGAUCACAAGACGGCUUGGGAGGAAAUGCACCCGUGGAGCGCUGGUCCGGAUCCUGAGAGCCAGACUGGCACGGGAUCGAUAUCACCGCAGAGAAAGAGGAGCACGGAGACGGAUCGAGAGACGCUUAUCGGGUCCAGAGGGUCGUGAGGGUCAGGGAAGUUGAUGUUUCAUUAGCCUUAUCAUGAGUAUGGAAUGUAUUUGCAAUGAUGGU